CAACGACUUAAUUAGCCGGAGUGCACUUCUCUUUAAAACGUUUGCCCUUGCUGCAUUUUAUGUGCAGCGGGAUUACAAAAGGGCAUCGAGCUUUCCCCCCUUUUAAUGACACCGUGCCAUUUCGCUUUUCAAUUUGGUGAUUAGGCCCACGUUUUUGAGACCGAGAGGCCAUUUCACUGUAAAUGAAAGGGGGAAAAAUCAUGUUCUCCACAUGUGCAGUAAAUGGCAAAUCUUACUUGAGAGAGGACUGCAGGCAAGGAGGAAACCAUGCACUGCAACCAUGCAAAGAUGUGACACAAAAGUCCCAGCAGCAAGGAUUUGAAAGCAUCCUGGAAGGCUUGUUUGGGCCGGGAGUAGUCAAAGAUAGCACCCUGUUUCAAGAUUGCGAGCCGGAGGAAGUGGCCGACUGGUCGUUUGAUGACAACUGUCUUUUUUGCUGCCUGCGACGGGAGAAAGUUAAGGAUCACAGUGCCGACGACACGGUCGCUGACGUCCAGCUGCUAUCGGAGGGAGAGGACGCGAAACGGGAACAGACUCGCCUCAGCCGACUAGAGAGACAAGCGCAAGACUUCCUCAAUGCUGUGUUUCACAGAAAAGACCUCCCAAGUUUGUCGGACCCCCACAUUCCCUUAGUGGCUCGUGAGAUCAUGCAGCGAAUGAUCCGCCAGUUUGCUGCCGAAUAUACCUCAAAAAGCACUCAGGACGCCUGCCCGCCUCCGCUGCCGCCCAACGGGGCCAUGAAGGACCAAAGCCUGCCGCCCUGCUCGCCUCCGCCUCCAACCCCGGGGCCACCGCCAGGCUCGCCACCCUCGUCCGCCUCCUGCUCCUCGCCGUCGCCCUGCCUCAGCCCCCCUAACACUGAGGGGGGCGCAACCACCGCUGCCGCCUCUACGCAGAAUCCCGUCCUCAGUAAGCUGCUCAUGGCCGACCAAGACGGCCCACUGGACCUCACCGUCAAGAAGAGCCCGGCCGAAACCGAGACCCCUGUCCAGCAGGAUGGUGUUCUGGAUCUUUCCACUAAGAAGAACCAGAGUGACAAGCAGGGCUUUUCCUCCCCUCAUGGCCUCAAAGGGCGCCCCGUGAAGAUGGACGCUUCCAUAAAGGUGGACCGUUCCAUGCCGGAUGCGGACGAGGACGACGUCAUGCUACCACAAAGCUUUCAGGACGGCUUGAGGGAGAACUUGAUCAGCUCUUUUAAGCCACCGCUAGCCCGCUCACUGCGCAUUAAGGAGGAGCUGCUCAGCCAGAAGCACCGCCUUCUGAGUCAGCCUGCUGCACUCUCAUUGGCCAGUCUGGAGUCAGCCGGCCUCCUCAAUCACGGCCAGUCGCACUCUUUGCUGGGCCAGAAGGGCUCCUCGUCCUUCUGGGGCAGCAAGGCUCACCUGGAGAGUCUGAUCAAGCUGAAACAGGCCAGCGGGGCCUUGAGCGGGACUUUCGGGGACCUCAAAGACCUGCCUAAGUUCCUGGAGAACCACCACAACCACCACGGCGCCUUCUCCUUCAAGAGUUCCCUUCUUCACCACCACAAUCAGGUCUCCAAGGCCCAGCAUCACCACCACGAUGCCAAGCGGGAUCAUUCGCCCCCAGUUGACCUGAAGAUCCCGCAGGUCCGGGGCAUGGAUCUCUCUUGGGACUCCCCCGCCUCCGACCUGUACGGGUAUGGUGGAAUUGGACCCGGAGGUGGUGGAGGCCUGAGCGAGAACACCUUGAACCGGAAGCUGAGGGCCAUCCUGCCCAAGCAGAACCGGCGGGGUGGGAGUUUAGGAAGCCUGCUGGACGGCGCAGCGGAAUACUGGACCGCCGACCUGGAACACUCUGCCUCCGGGCCGGCGUAUUCUACCUCGGACAUGGAGGGGGACCCCAACUCCAAGCAGCCACGGAAGAAGAGGGGGCGCUAUCGGCAGUACAACAGCGAGAUCCUGGAGGAGGCUAUUGCCGUGGUGAUGAGCGGCAAAAUGAGCGUCUCCAAGGCGCAGAACAUGUACGGAAUCCCUCACAGUACCCUGGAGUACAAAGUCAAGGAGCGCAUGGGUACUCUAAAGAACCCCCCAAAGAAGAAGCUCAAGCUGAUGAUGAAGAUGGAGACAGGCGGUCCUGAAUUCCCAGGUGACACAGAGAAUACACCUGCUGUCACCCUGAGCAACGUGGCCUGCGGCGCCGCACCCCCGUCGCUUGGCCCUGCCGAGCUCAAGGUGGAUGUCAAGGAAGAGAUGGAACCCAUUGAUUAAAAUUAACCUCACUAGACUUCUCCAGAACCAUGGGGCUUUAUUUGUGCCAAUUUCCUCUGCAGCAUCCUGGCUGAGCACAAAUGCAGGGAUGAAAAAGCAAGAUGGGUUCUCGGAGACCAACCACUAAUCGGAAACAUUUUUGUUGAGAUUUUUCUACUCGAUACAAACAACGACAAUUUUAUGAAAUUUAUUCAAGCAUGCGGCUAAUCCCCAGACGGGUGGUGAAUUUCAAGUUCAUUUUCCUGAAAGAUUGCGGUAAAUUAUUGAAACCUCAAAAGAAAUUUUGGAAAUUCUCUUUCCAUGGGAAUUAACUGGGAAUUAUGGGUAAUUAGGUGGCAAAGUAUCAUAAUACAAGUAUAUUAAACAAAAUUGCGGUUUGCCAUGAACAGAUUUCCUUGCAAAAUUGAGAGCCUGCAUGCCAAGGCAUUACAGUACAUUACGGUUACCUUAAUUGCUAAAUGUACCUCAGAUUUCAAACAUGCAAUGGCUAGUCAAAAAUCUUCUGUUAAGGCCACUUUUAUUGCAUGAAAUACAAAUUAGUCAGGAUAAUACAAAAAUAUAUUUACAUUUCCCCGAGAAAGCAUACUUUUCACUUUGUAAAUUCCUAAUUUAUUCCCAUAAAUUGUCGUUAAUUCCCGUGGAGUGUUUCCAACCAUGAAAAUUCCUGGAACUUUGCAACCCUAAUCCCCAGAUCAAAAAAACUUGAAAACCAAACACUGCCGCCCCUGCCGCUUCUCUGGACCUGGACCCUUACUGCUUAUGUAUGCAGUCUCUUGGGAACAUUCCAAUCUGGGCAAAGAGACAAAUGGAGUUGGGGGUGGGGGGGGGGGGGUAUACGGUUGGGAAAAAAAAAAUUGGAAAGUGACUUAAGUGUACGUUUGAAUCAACGCCGUCAAGAUUCCUCGUCAGGGUUGUGAAUCUGAACCCACCUGCCAGGUAGCCAUGAUGCUUUAACUGCAAGACCUUUCUUUCCUGACCGCGACGUCCCGCCGAGUUCUGCGCGGAACAAGAAGACACACAAAAAGUCAUUCAGGGAUGCAUGUUUGUGAGUUUUGUGACAAACUACUGACUGGUGAGAUCAUUAUUUUCCUUCUUUAUGUUUUUUAUUUCUUUUUUUUUGGUUUUGCUUUCUUUUGCACUACACUUUGGGUCCGGCGCUCUGGCGGACCAGGUUACCUCGGCAUUGUUGCCCUCGCAUCAUGCACUUAUUACGGUCCGUCUCACAAGCCGGGUCGGGAGGGCCCGCCGACGCCGCUCACUCCAGAUUCGGUUACGGAUCCACUGCAGCGGCGGCGGCGCUACCUCAUGGACCUCCAUCAGUGUCCAACCAUAGAAGGCCAUCACAGUUUUGGCCUUUCAGGAUGGGCCUGAAGCUCGGCUGCUAUCCACUCGAUGAGCCCCCGCUCCUAUGCUAAUGUUUUAGCGGGGCCUUGGCUAAUCACUUUAGCUAGCUAGCUAGCUAGCUAGCCUGUGAUAAGCCAAGACACUUUGCUAAUGUUUGUUUUUUUCCUGUUUUCUUAUCUCUCUUCUAAUCAAGCUCAGCUAAUCGAGUUGCUCUCCAUCCAAUUUCAAGUUUUAAAGGCAGUUUACUAUGACA